AUGGUCCACUUAGAUCACAGAUUGCUCCAGGCCAAUCCGCUAUUUGGCUACUGGAAUCAAAAAACCAUGUCGAUCAAAGCUCCGGUGAUUUUGGGGAUGAUUAUGAUGCUUAUCGGUCAAGGGAUUUUCGCGCUGUUACCUCUACUUAGCUCAUAUCAAAAGUAUGUGAUGUUAGGAGCAAGAUUGUUAACCGGUUUUGGUGCAGGAACUCUGUCCGUUCUAAGAGCAUAUGCAGCUACAGCUUCUGUACCAAAAGACCGCCUCAGAGCAGUAGCAUUUGGCACAGCUGGCUACGCUGUUUUCACACCUAUAGGAGAGUAUGGAGCAAGAAUUGGAGCUUUAGUUUUCAAUAUGUAUACGGUCCCGGCGUUCUUCAUGGUUAUACUAUCUGUGAUUUGUUGUUUUGUUGUUCAGUUCUUUUUCAAGGAAGAGUACGCCGGUAUAAUCAGUGAUGAAGAUAAGGGAGGCAAUCCCUUUAUGGUGGUCCCAAAGUUUGACAUUGUCCCCGCACUUAUUUGCAUUUAUUUAUGGGUAGUAUCGUGCAUGGUAGCCACAAAUAUAGAAGUGUGA